AUGCAAAAGCUGCAAAAAAACGCAUCGCGCGAUUAUACGCGCAUUGCACAGCUCCGGCAAAUCAGUAUACUCGCGUUAAAAGUGACGGGCGGAUCGUUGUACAUACGAUAUUAUAUGAUAGAAAUUGCAAGCGCGAUAUAUCGUCGUAUUUGCGACAUAUACUAAUGGAUCCGAUAGUCCUUGUCUCAUUGUGGGUCAUCCAGAGGCGGAUACGCAUUCCUCAUUGAAUUUUUCGUUAUCAAUCCGCCUGAAAGUUGACAACGCGAACUGCUGCUGUCUUCAUUCGCUAUCUUAAUUUCGUUAGCGAGCGACGAUAAAAAACUGGUCUGAUUUUUAUGCCGCGAAUGACUGAUGAUAGUACACGUCAUUUUGUACGCGAACAAUGGACAACUGAUCUCUCCGGAUUACAAGUCUUUGUUUUCGACUGUGAGAAAUUACUUUCAUCGAUAGAAUCCUCAAAAAAAUCAUUUCUUAAGCUUCAAAACGUUUCUUCGAUCGCACAUUUAUUUUAUCUUUUCUUAUUUAUACUUUUGUACUUAAUCGAUUCAGAUCGUUAAACGUUAUGAUACAAGUUUUUUCUUUCUUUUCUAUUGUGAAUUAUGAUCAUAUAGUGUAAUUUAAUUGCAAAAUUUUAUGUCGUUUUAUUUGUUUGAAAAGAAAAAAUAUUGAUGUCUCAUAAAUUCGAUUUAAUCUUUUUUUAGAUUACGCUAAGUGAAACGUUAUUUCAUAUUGAAGCUAUCGAAGAUUUGAACAUACCUUUUAAGUUAAUGUUUUAAGCGUACGUGGCUUGGCGGCGAAUUGAUAACUUUCGAAGUUUUGGAUCACGAAACGGGCGAAAUACUAAAGGCUGACCUUUUGCUUUCUGAACGGCCUUGACCUUAGCACCUUGUGAAUUUUAAACGAGCAAACGUUGAUGUUGAAAUGUCAAAAAACAGUCGCAAAUUAAACGAGUUCGCCUUGACUGAAUUAUAUCAUAUCGUAUUUUCUAACAAGCAAAAAGCAAAUUCUUUUACUCAAUAAUUAUCAUCCUUUAAAAUUUUUUGAUGAUCGAGUUGCAAAAAUUUCCAUACUAAUUAGAAGUCACAGAUCUUCAAUUUCCAUUAUUAUAUCGGAUGUUCGUCCGACACAAAUCUGAGACCAUCGAAGUGGAAAUGGUGGUACCACCUGACGGAGGAUGGGGUUGGGUGAUUGUCGCAGCCUCUUUCAUGUGCAACUUUUUCGUCGACGGUAUUAUCUUCAGCUUUGGCGUAUUCCUGAAUGAUAUCGCGGACGCAUUUUCCGUAUCAAAAGCAAGAGUCGCGCUCGUCGGCUCAUUACAAACUGGAUUUUAUCUCAUGGUUGGUCCUUUCGUUUCCGCCCUCGCCAACCGAUAUGGCUUUAGGCUGGUGACGAUAUUAGGAAGCGUAAUAAGCUGCAGCGCGUUCGUCAUCUCGUACUUUAGCACAUCUAUCGAAUUCCUCUACAUUUCUUAUGGAGCUAUCGGUGGUAUUGGUGCGGGACUGAUAUACGUGCCAGCUGUAAUAACUACCGGGUUUUAUUUCGAGAGAUGGCGAGCCUUAGCUACAGGUAUCGCGGUGUGUGGUUCUGGUAUCGGUGCAUUUUUACUUGCGCCGAUCACAGAUAUACUCGUAAAAAAUUUUGGUUGGAGAGGAGCUCUGCUAUUUCAAGCAGGAAUGUUAUUAAAUUGUGCCAUAUUCGGCGCAAUGUUCCGUCCUGUGAAGCCAACGAGAAUUAAGGUGAAGAACACCCCGGAAAACGCCGCACUCGAGGUAAAAACUACGUUGAUGGAAAAGGGUGUGUCGACGACCUCAUUACACUGUGUGCAACCGAACAGAAGCGGUUUCUUCGGCACGAAUAAUAACACGGAAUAUCCGACGGCGGCGGAACUUUUCAGAAGUAACCCUAAUAUAGUAAACGCGUCCAAGUCCUUGCAUUCGCUGCACAAGGUGCACGUGGAGACACAGACUUUAGAAAGGAAAGUGAGCACUUCGGAGAAACGGCUAUCCGCACCGAUAUAUCCCGACUUGGACGUUGUAAAUAACGAAGAAAAGAUAGCCGAAGAGAACAAUCUGCUCAGCGGCGACUUGGAACGGCUAAACGGAAAAGUACCGACGGUAACAUCAAUAUACAAGAUUCGUCGACAUUCGGUUAGCGCCAGACGCAUUCGAACAGAUUCGGAAUGCAGUCAGAAAUCUCUUAGAAUGGGCAAACGAAAUCCAAAAGAUCCACAGAGACCGUUUUACAGAGAUGAUAUCUUUUAUGGCGGCUCUUUGAAUAGACUUUCUCAUUACAGAUCGCAGCAAUCAUCGGUCGGUUAUCACAUGUCAGUGACGCGACUGCCGACGGCGACGGAUGUGGCGGAAGAGGAGAGUGGAAAUUGCUACCUAUGUCCGGAAAGUGUACGACGAAUUCUGACCACAAUGCUCGAUUUAAGUCUUCUAAAAAGCCCUACCUUUAUAAUACUAGCGAUUUCUGGCGGUCUCACCAUGAUGGGCUUUUAUACGCCUUUUAUGUACGUGCCAGAUCGAGCCAUAAAAGCUAACAUCGAUGCUUCUAAGGCAAUGUUCCUCGUUUCGGUGAUUGGUAUCGGUAAUACUAUCGGUCGUAUCGUUUGUGGUUUAGCAAGCAGCUUGCCUGGAGUUAAUGCUCUAGUAGUGAAUAAUACGUUUAUUAGCGUCGGCGGUUUAGUCACAAUAUUCUCCGGCAUUUCUCUGACGGAGGGAUAUCAGUUCUUUUAUGCAGCCAGCUUUGGUCUCAGUAUAUCUGUCUUCGCUUCUCUGAGAUCGAUUCUCGUCGUGGAUCUACUCGGUUUAGAAAAACUAACAAACGCUUUUGGACUUCUUCUUCUGUUUCAAGGAGUGGCAGCGACUGUUGGCGCACCUCUCGCAGGUGCGUUCAUGGAUGCGACCGGAAGUUACGACGCCUCGUUCUACCUUUCAGGCAGCUUGAUUCUCUUAUCAGCUGUGAUUUGUUAUCCGCUAAAAAGAAUCAACACAUGGGAAAGACGUGGCGAAGAAAAGAAUCCACACACGACAGAACCUUCCGCGUCUUGAUUUGAGACGAAAAACUAUGCCACAACUUAUACUCCAUGUACGUGCUAUAUGCAUCGCAUAUAUCGAUGCAUAAUAAUAUAUAGCACGUGUUCGAAUUGAGAAUGUAAUUACAUCCCGUAAGCGCUCACGCCGCCGAAUGGGUCGAAUAAGAAAUGAUCGAUCUCGUACGUGCGAUUGAUUGCGCUUACCUAAGAAUCGUUUCUUAAAGCAGAAUUCAAUCGUGUGUUUGAAAAAUAUUUUUAUGUUAUAAAAGAUAAAUACGCGAGAGGAAAUUGCUUUUAACAUACUUGUAAUCCACACGAGAAAAAUUUUGAUCAUUUUCUUUGAUUCUUCUUAAUAGAACGGUAUUUAUGAUGAAAUAAUGUAUAACAAUUUUAUUCAUAAUUUUAUCAUCUCGCAAUUGUAAAUUUCUAAUGAGCGAUUUAUACAUUCCAUUUAACUGUGAUUUUCUAUUAUUGUAUAGCUUUUCUCAUAAAAUAAUAAAUAACAACGAGU